AUGGCCGCGACUAUCGAUAUGAAACCAAUCGUGAAUUAUGUGAAACAGAUUGAUCCCUUUGGAGUUGAAACACCCCCACAGGACAUUCACAUCGUCAGGUCUGGAAUUUUCAGGAUUCGAGUGGAUCCAGUAGUGGGUGGAUGUAUGCUGGUACCCGAACAGAGAUCCUCCGUUGCGGUGACGCCUCUCCAUGCUUCUCGCGACGCCGUGAUGGACGUGGCAGCAUUUACAGGGUUCGAGUUCGGGGACGUGAACUUUGUCCAUUUUGUGAAAUCUGAGGCCCAGCUUUGCUGGGACUUGGAGCCGCGGAAGAAAAGGACAAUGAGCUUGCUACUGUGGGAAAUGGCGAUGAAACCUGGUGCAAUUGGCAGAAAUCCUUAUUGUUCCUUUUCCGCAGGAUCUUUAUGUUGUACCGUGGUCAUCAAAACGGGCGGUAUCCUUCCAUUAGAUAUCGUCAUGUACUCCCCCUUUUCCACAUCUGGACAACUGCCUGCUGGCACCUUUGAAAAACUAUCACCAGAGCACUUCAGCAGACCACCCGUCGAGUUAUUAUUGCCGGGCAAGUACGAAGCGGCUGCAGAGUGA